GAUCCAAAAGGGAGGAAGAUCACAUGUGGACUUCCGAUUCCAGGUCUGACCGGUGACGAUGCCUUCUGUCCAUUCCGCCCGCCCAGCAAUCCUGAAUCAAUAAUUCAUCAUCACCAUCCACACUACUCCUCCUCCAGUCCUCCUUCCUGUUUCUGGGUUUUAAACAAUUGAUUAUUCAAAACAGUGUUGUGUUGCCUGGCCUUCAACUACUUCUACUGCCUCCUCCUCCAUUUGCGACGUCGGUCCACCCUGCGACUCUCGCAAUAAGAGUUUUUCUAAAAAAAAAACGAAAAAACUGAAAAUCAAUUCCCUACCGACCAACAAGUCUUUGCGAAUUCUAAUUCCAUUUUCUUUCCAAUUUCUUUAUCUGUCUUUUUUCCAAUCUCCCCAGGAUCCCUCUUCUCCCAUUGCUUAAUUGCAGGAAUUGGGGUUUCUUCUGAAAUGAUCUUUACAAGUGCUAUCUUUGGGUAUGAAUUUUAUGAUCUAAUUUGCAUUCAACAGUUUCCGCAAUGCAAUUAGUGUCAAAUGACAGUCGGGCAGAGGAUAUUUUGGAAACAGAGCCGAUUUUAUCUCAGUCCGCUACUGCCGAGAGAUCUGAGGAGUCUUCAUCUUCAAUUGAAAUCACUGUCAGCGGAGAAUUUUCUCUAACAGUCGAUGAUUCACCAAGUGGUGAUGCAGAUGAAAACUGUUGUUUAGUACAUGCAGACCAACCACUUUGCCGUAUAUGUCUUGAUACUGGAGGAGAAGAUCUGAUUGCGCCAUGUCAUUGUAAAGGCACACAGAAGUAUGUCCACAGAUCAUGUCUUGAUAACUGGAGAUCAACAAAGGAGGGCUUUGCCUUUUCACACUGUACAGAAUGCAGGGCAGUGUUCAUAUUGCGUGCAAAUGUUCCACCUGACCGCUGGUGGUUGAGGUUGAAAUUCCAGUUCCUUGUUGCUAGGGACCAUGCCUUCAUUUUUGUUAUUGUUCAGCUGUUUUUGGGAGUCUAUUUGAGGUACUUAAUUAUGGACUUUCAGCAUGCAUAUAUUGAAACUCUGCAGAUUGUAGCAUUUUUGGGUGUGCUGGUCUACAAAUUUUAUGGAGAGGAACUGAGGGAAAUGUUUGGUUAUGAAGAACAUCCUUACGGUUUUUAUACCAUGGCAGUUUUGGCAGUUGUGUUGGUGGGUCUGCUUUAUGGUUUCUUCAUAGCUAUAAUUUGUGGGCAGAGGAUCAAUGAACGCCACUACCAUGUACUUGCCAAACAAGAAUUGACAAAGGAGUACAUAGUUGAAGACCGAGAAUCCAGUAAAGAUGUCCCAGAUCUUGAUCCCAGCCACAUUACCGAGCUAAGAAUGUUGGGCCUCUAUUAAGGUUCCCCAUUAUUAUGGAUUCAGAACUUCAUAAGCCAGAGGGUUUUGUGGUGGCAGUGGCACAUCUGGUCUCUCAGAUGCACAAAUUACACGUACCAAUCCAACCUCAUGUUGAAUCGUAAUAUGUAAAUUUUUCCUGUCCCCAGGUCCCGUGCUUUAUUUUUUCCUAGAAGAAAUCUCAUUUAAUCACAAACAUUGUUUCACUGUUGGAAUUACAAAUUGAUCAUCUUCUUUUAUUUCCUUGUUUUGUUGUUAAUACAACUGGUAAUCACACAAAAGCAAUGAGAACAUUGUGGAAGGCUUGUAAAGCCCAGUAUUUGGGAUAAUCAGUUUGUUCUUACGUUAAGUUUACAGUGCAUGUCUCAGGGUAUUU